AGUGGGAUCUUUUUAACAUUAAUUGCGGGUUAAAAAGAUAUUUUAGUAACAAUAAACUAUUAUUCUAAGUGUCGUUGUGUACAAGAAUAAUAAAUAUGGAGCACGCACGUCCUCCAGUGGAAUUAUCGCUCGACGGUGGUCCGGCCGCGCGGUCCGACGCGUGGCAUAAAUGGCGGAAACAGUUCGAGGUUUUCCUAAAAGCAUCUGGAGUGAGCAAAGAGCCUAAGGAAGUUCAGGCUAGUUUGUUGGUUAACCUCAUCGGAUCAGCUGGUUAUGAGGCUUUUACAACUUUUACGUUUGAAGGAGGUGAAAGUGAAGACGACAUUCAUUGCGUAUUAAGGAAGUUCGAUAAAUAUUUCGGCACGAAACCAAAUAUCACAGUGCGGCGGUUUAAAUUCUUUUCACGCGAUCAGGAAGAGGGUGAAAACAUCCAUCAAUAUGUAACCGCGUUGAGGGUAUUGAGUCAGCAGUGCGAGUUCAGUGAAUUGCACGAGAGCCUGUUGCGUGAUAGGAUUGUGUGUUAG